CCUACAGUUGGCAAACAUGAAUUGACUGGGCAUAAAGUUGCUGUGAAGAUACUUAAUCGACAGAAGAUUCGAAGCCUUGAUGUGGUAGGAAAAAUCCGCAGAGAAAUUCAGAACCUCAAGCUUUUCAGGCAUCCUCACAUAAUUAAACUGUACCAGGUCAUCAGUACACCAUCUGAUAUUUUCAUGGUGAUGGAAUAUGUCUCAGGAGGAGAGCUAUUUGAUUAUAUCUGUAAAAAUGGAAGGAAAUCUGAUGUACCUGGAGUAGUAAGAACAGGCUCCAUGAAGGAGCUGGAUGAAAAAGAAAGUCGACGUCUGUUCCAACAAAUCCUUUCUGGUGUGGAUUAUUGUCACAGGCAUAUGGUGGUCCAUAGAGAUUUGAAACCUGAAAAUGUCCUGCUUGAUGCACACAUGAAUGCAAAGAUAGCGGAUUUUGGUCUUUCAAACAUGAUGUCAGAUGGUGAAUUUUUAAGAACAAGUUGCGGCUCACCCAACUAUGCUGCACCAGAAGUAAUUUCAGGAAGGUUGUAUGCAGGCCCAGAGGUAGAUAUAUGGAGCAGUGGAGUUAUUCUCUAUGCUUUAUUAUGUGGAACCCUUCCAUUUGAUGAUGAUCAUGUGCCAACUCUUUUUAAGAAGAUAUGUGAUGGGAUCUUUUAUACCCCUCAGUAUUUAAAUCCUUCUGUGAUUAGCCUUUUGAAACAUAUGCUGCAGGUGGAUCCCAUGAAGAGGGCCACAAUCAAAGAUAUCAGGGAACAUGAAUGGUUUAAACUCGACCUUCCAAAAUAUCUCUUUCCUGAGGAUCCAUCAUAUAGUUCAACAAUGAUUGAUGAUGAAGCCUUAAAAGAAGUAUGUGAAAAAUUUGAGUGCUCAGAAGAGGAAGUCCUUAGCUGUCUUUAUAACAGAAAUCACCAGGACCCUUUGGCAGUUGCCUACCACCUCAUAAUAGAUAACAGGAGAAUAAUGAAUGAAGCCAAAGAUUUCUACUUGGCGACAAGCCCACCUGAUUCUUUUCUCGAUGAUCACCAUCUGACUCGGCCCCAUCCUGAAAGAGUACCAUUCUUGGUUGCUGAAACACCAAGGGCACGCCAUACCCUCGAUGAGUUAAAUCCACAGAAAUCCAAACACCAAGGUGUAAGAAAAGCAAAAUGGCAUUUGGGAAUUAGAAGUCAAAGUCGACCAAAUGAUAUCAUGGCAGAAGUAUGUAGAGCAAUUAAACAAUUGGAUUAUGAAUGGAAGGUUGUAAACCCAUAUUAUUUGCGUGUAAGAAGGAAGAAUCCUGUGACAAGCACAUUCUCCAAAAUGAGUCUACAGUUAUACCAAGUGGAUAGUAGAACUUACUUAUUGGAUUUCCGUAGUAUUGAUGAUGAAAUUACAGAAGCCAAAUCAGGGACUGCUACUCCACAGAGAUCGGGAUCAGUUAGCAACUAUCGAUCUUGCCAAAGGAAUGAUUCAGAUCCUGAGGGUCAAGGAAAAUCCUCAGAAGUUUCUCUUACCUCAUCUGUGACCUCGCUUGACUCUUCUCCUGUUGAUUUAACUCCAAGACCUGGAAGUCACACAAUAGAAUUUUUUGAGAUGUGUGCGAAUCUAAUUAAAAUUCUUGCACAGUAAACCUAAACUUUGCUUAUUUCUUUUAUAGCAAUAAGCAUGUGUAAUAAAUCAUAGCCAAAUGCUUCUAUUUGUAAUCAAGUUAUACAUAAUUAUAACUGAGGAUUGGCCUUUUGGAAUGCAAUUUGCACAGGGAUUGGAACAUGAUUAAUAGUUAAAAGCCUAAUGUGCAGAAAUGAAUUACGAUCACUUUGUUCAUUGUUCAGUAGGCAUAUAGCAUACUAUAAUAUACAGUACACAAUGAAUUAUAGAUCUCUCAGGCUCACUUAACUUUUGGCUAUUUUAUAUUUAGUGUACACAGGGCUUUGAAAAUAUUAAUUUACCAUAAAGGCCUUCAUAUAUUGUUACAUAUUAAUGUGUUAUAUAUUUGCUCUGUAAAUUUAUUCAAUAAAUAUUUGCCUAGAAUUCC